AUGAAUUAAUAGAAUUAACAGUUUUAACAAUUUACAAACAAACAACAAGUUCAAUAACCUGGGACAGGUUAAUAAUUUAUUCCAAAUUAAGCGGCUACAAAAUUUUACACACAAAAAGAAUUUUAACAAUAACAUGAUCAACUAAUAAAACCUGUCACCUUUUAAUUUCAACCAUCACCUAAGCCUUAAAUAAAGUAAAAUAUAUCUUAACUUAAUAGCAAUCCAACAAAUAACACUGGCCCAAAUAUUACAAAAAACUAACCUAACAUAACACAAACAGGAGAUUAAGGACAAUAUUAAAACAUUAAUAAUGAUAACUUUAAACCAAAAUUCAACCCCAACCCCACCUUUAGUCAACCCAACCCCUUUGGUCAACCCCAACCCAUUAGUCAACCCAAACCCAACCCCAACACUUUCAAUCAUGCAAAUUUUAAUCAUAAUAUACAACAAUAAUAAUAAGUAUUAUGCUACUAUAUAUUAUUUAGUAAAAAUAUGAACCAUUCGAAGUGAAAAAUGAAUAAGAUAAAAUCAAUUUAGUAGAAUAGUUUUGUCAAUACUUAAAAGAAGGAAAUCCAAACUUUGCAAUCAGUUGUUUGAAGCAAAUAAUAGAUAUGGAUAUUAGAGUUAAAAUUUCAAAUCAAUCAAUAAAUGUUAAUUGAUGAUUUAACACAUUAGAC